AUGAAUUCGCCGAAAUCCGCGUCUCACUUGUCCUCACCUUCUACGACUGUCACCACGCCAGAGCAAUCACCCGGUGCCGAUGAUGAGAUCUGGGAUACUUCACCAGACCCCAGGUAUGGCCAUGAUGUAGGAGUCCCACAGGAGACUGAAGACCAGCGCACUGAUGCAACACAACCACGCACCCGAGCUGCGGGAGAGAUCCUCAGCGAUAUCCCCACCUUGCGCCGCCAGCACAUGACGGCCGGGUAUCGCGAGGGUCUCUCAGUGGGUAAAGCGCAAGUCAUACAGCGCGGAUUUGAUGAAGGUUAUCCUUUCGGCAUGGAGAUCGGGUUGCGCGUCGGAACGGUGCUAGGAGUGUUGGAGGGUGCUGUUAGCGCUAUCUCGAAGCAUUCAUCAAGCUCGAUGGCGGCUUCUGCUUCUGCUGUCGCGGGUUAUGGAGAAGAAAAUGAAAACGAUCGAGCUUCGAGAGUAGAGUUCGUGACAAAACUCUACGAGCGGGCGAAACGUGAGUUGAAGAUCUCCGAGUUGAUGAAGGAUAUGGAUGAUGAAAAGAUUGCGGCCUUGUCAGAAAUCACUCAUGGGGAGGGCGAAAGAAAGCUCUUGCCUCAGGAGAUUGAGGUGGUGGUUGCUCAAUGGGAACAGGUGGUGAUGAAAAGUCUUCCCUCCAUGGCGGGAAUAGGGCCAGAAGAACAAAGAAUUAAGGUUGGAGAUGCCGGAAGUUGA